AAACAUAUCUGAUUACGUAAAAGAUUCUUAGUGAUUAGUAGAUUCGAACCUCAUUAACUUCAUGUCAGUGCCAAGGCAUCUCGCUGUUGAGUUCUCAAUAGUUUAUUUGUUCGGUUUACCUAAACGCCGUCUUCCUUACGUCAAUAGCCAGACCAACCCGGUCUACUCCUAACCGGAAAGGGUUUAUCACCAUCACCAUCUCUAACUUAAACCAGAAAAAAUAAAUUCAAUCUCCACUAAACCGAUGGAAAUCUCCGGACGACGAAUGAGAAGAUUCCGGAUGAGAUUCGGAAGAAACCGCCUCACCGGCGCCGACCCCGACGACGGUUCCGUCCUCCCGACGCGAAACGGAGGCAACACGGAGAACGAAGCUUCCUGCUGCUACUGCGAUCUCAAAAUCACGGCGUUCAACGAACCAAUCUCCCGCCUCGGAAGAAGAUUCUCCGGCGCGAUGAAGAUCUGGUUCUCAAUCGGACUCGGAUUCGGCGUCGCGUCUCUCCUCCUCGUCACACUCUUCCUUCUCCUUCAGUUCCACCCUAAACCACUCUCCAACCGCCUCGCUUCCGCCGUCUUCGGAUUCUCUCCUUCCACCCGUGUGUCACUCUCAGGCUUCGUCUAUGUGUUUGUUUCCACUGUUAUUACUGUUUUAGUUCAUGAGCUCGGUCAUGCUUUUGCAGCUGCAAGCGAGGGGAUACAGAUGGAAUACAUUGCUGUUUUCAUCGCAGCUAUAUUUCCGGGAGGUCUUGUGGCUUUUGAUCAUGAUCUCUUGCAGUCACUUCCAAGCUUUAACGCGCUUCGUGUUUACUGUGCUGGUGUUUGGCAUAACGCUGUGUUCUGUGCACUCUGCGCGUUCGGUUUGUUUCUCUUGCCUGUGAUGCUGUCUCCGUUCUACAAACACGGUGAAAGCCUUGUGGUUGUGGAUGUGCCUUCUAAGUCGCCGCUGUUUGGUUACUUGUCUCCUGGUGAUACUAUCGUGUCUUUAGAUGGGAUACGGGUUUAUAAACCUAGCGAGUGGCUUGAACUGGCAGCGAUUUUGGAUAAGCAGAACACUGAGACGUCGAAUGCUUCUUUUGGAGGCUCGAGGAGGUUUCAUCACGGGAAGGGUUACUGUGUCCCUAUCUCUAUGGUUGAAGAAGGGUUUAAGGGGAAGAUUGUUGAGAACCGAUAUGUUUGUCCCGGUGAUCUCACUCCAUUUUCAACUAUGCCAUGCUCUGAUGUAGAAGCUCCGAAAGAGGUUUCUGUUUGUUUGGAUGCAAAGGAUAUAGUUAAGCUUAACAAAUGUGGUGAUGGAUGGGUGACAACAUCAGAGACUCAUGAUAAUAGUGGCUGUGUGUGUCCACAGGGGGAGAUAUGUUUACAAGCAAUGCAAUCUCCAGGCAUAUCAUGGACAGAGAUCACUUACAAAAGAACCUCUUCACCUGAUUGUUCUAGACUUGGUCUGGAAUUUAAUGCAUCGAGUUGUGUCGGGACGUUUGUAUUUGUCGGUGAUCUGAUCGCCAUGUCACGUUCGGUUCAGCUAACUGCGUACCAACCUCGUUGGCUGUUUAACUACUUCGCUAAAUCCUUUCCGGAUGUCAUAGAAAAAAGCUUGACCUGCACGUUUCACGUCUCUCUCGCACUAGUUCUUCUCAACAGCUUACCUGUGUAUUACCUUGAUGGUGAAUCCAUUUUAGAGUCAAGUCUCCAAUAUUUCACAUGGUUAAGCCCAAGGAAGAAGAAGAAAGCUCUUCAACUAUGUCUUUUUGGAGGGAGCCUCCUCUCUCUUCUCGCCUUCUUCAGAAUCUUCUUCGUCGGUUUACCUCCAAGUCGAUAACAUUUUCUUGAAAAUUUGGGUCAAAUGUGUGAAACCUAGGUUAUGAUUGGAGACAUGUGCGGGACGGUUUUCAAUGGCGGAUUUUGAAAACCGCACUAUUGUCACCAAUCAAGAUUUUCUGUAAAUGUUAGUAAUUUAUCACACAAAAAAGGGGAAAAACGCAGUGCAGUUUUCGAUGCAUUUUUACUGAUCAAAAAAUAAAAUCCGUCUUAAAAAACGCACAGCUACCAUUACCCAGCGGAUUUUACAAAAAACGCACCAGAAAAGGUAAUUCUCUUUUUAAUUAAUAAAAAGUACUAUAAAAUUUUGGUGGAGCAAGACGUGUUUUAGGUUUUUAGCCAUUCUCAUUCACAAAAAAAAAAUUCUCAUUUCAGAAAAAAAAAAAAAACGUGUUGAUAAAAAAUAAGAGAAGACUUGCUUUGCUCCACUUCCAAAAACAAUUAAAUUAGCUAGUUUCUAGUACAUAGGUAUUAUAAAUAAAGUAAUAAUAUAGUUAUUUAAUACUUAAUCUAUAUAUUUAAAAUAAACUAAUACAUCAUCAAUGCAGUGAAAGUAUAACUAUUUAGUUUUAAAAUUAGACACACUUUCUUUAAAUAUAUUUGAUUAUCAUAUAAAAUUUUAAAACUAUACUUUAAUGUAUAUAAACAAAUAAAGUUAUAGUUUAGGUUAUCUUAAUUAUAUGAUAUUUUUUAUAUAGUAGGGGUAUUGAAUAAUAUCACAUAUACAUUUUUAUAUCAACAACAAUAUAGCUGUAGCGAUAUAAUCAAUAAAUUUCAAUUACAGUUAAUUGUUAAUAUUAUUAAUUAAUUAUUAAAUAUUAUAAAUUAACUACUAGAAACAGAUUACUCGUUCUAUGUAUUAGCCAUAUUUAUAUAUGAAAAAUAAUGAAACAAUAAUUAUUAUUUUGAAGUUAUAAUUACUAGAUCCUCUCUCCGCACUACGCGCGGAUAAUAUAUUUUAAUUUGUUACAUUUAUCAUUUUAACUUAAUUUAACUAAUUUUAAAAUUUGUUUUUUAAUUAUUUUUAGUUUGAAGUAAGUAUUUCUAUUAUAUGUAACACAAUUAACUAAUAAAAUAUGAAGAAUCAAGUCUGAGAUUUUAGAGUU